AAUGAGACAUAUUGCCAGAAAUAAUUGCAUAAUAAAUAAAAUUAAAGAUGGAUUGGCCACUGUUCAAUUUAAUAGACCUGAAAAGCUUAAUGCAGUCAAUCUUGAAAUGUGUGAAGAUAUUCUUGAAAGUACAAAACUUUGGAAUGAACAUGCUGUUGUGACUAUUUUAUAAGGGAAUGGCAAAACCUUUUCUGUUGGAGCAGACUUUUAGUAAAUUAAUAAAUAACAUUAGACACUUAUUAAAUAUAUCUCAAAGAACAAAUGAUUAAUCAAAUGUAUCUACUAAUGAUCAAUUAAAAGAUAUAUCUAAAAUUAGUCAAUUAGGAGAUUAAACUAAAAAAGCACUUUAUGCUAUGAAUUAAACUAAGAGUAUAAUGGUUUCAAUUAUGAAUGGAUCUGCUAUGGGAAUAGGUGCUGGAUUUGGAAUUAAUUCUCGUUUUAGAAUUGCAACAGAGAAUUCAACAUUUGUUAUGCCUUAAUGUAAAAUAGGUAUGGUACCUGAUGGAGCAAGUGCCUUACAUUUUAGUAAAAUACAACAAAAUUUUGGUUUGUAUUUGGGUAUGAGUGGUGAAUAAAUUGAUGGCAUAAAAAUGGUUCAUUUAGGUAUUGCUGACUUUCUAAUUGACAGUUAAUGCUUACCUGAAAUUGAAGAGGAAUUUGAACAUGCAUAUUUCUUAAGAGAUGAAGAAUCUAUCGAAGAAUUUUUACUAUAAAGAUUUUGUUAAAGACAUAGAACAGAAUUUAAUAUUCCUAAAUAAUUUGAAAAUGUAUUGGGUUUAUCUUCUUUACCAUCUAUUAUGUCUGCUAUGGAAUCACAAUUUCCACAAUAAGCUGCUGAAAUUAGAAAAAAUAGUGCUUUUAGUGUUUAUGCAUUUUAUGAAUAAUAUAUGAGAAAUAAAAAGACAAAGUUAUCUUUAAAAGAUAAUCUAAAAAUGGAAUAAUCUAUUUUGGAUAAAGUUGUUGUUAGACCUGAUCUUAUUUAAGGCUUAAAAAGUUUAUAUGUUGAUAAUUCUUAUGCACCUAAAUUUAAUCCAAAAACUAUAGAAGAGGUAAAUUAAGAAGAAAUUUAAAGAUGUUUUGAACCUUGUUCUAGAAAGUUGUUUGAUGAUUGA